ACCAAUUAUAGAAAUGUUUAGCGUACGUCAGGACGGAUUUCGUCGCAGCGUCACAUCUUGCUGUAAUCUCAUUGAUCAUCACUGAGACUGAGAGUGAUAUAUAAAGAAUGGGGAACGAGUGGGCCCCGCUUUUUCUAAUCAGAGACGGCGAACUGUAGCAGUACCGGAAAAACACAAGUUGUGUUUUUAGAAAAAAAUAUUUUGAGGAUAAAUUUAGCUCUCUACUAGACGACAAAUUAGAUCCUGCACCCCUUAGCAACAAGAACACGCAGGAAAGGGAAUUUAGUUCCAGAGUAACCAAACCACAAAGGAAAAUGCGGGUCAUUACUUUCAAGAGCAGCUUCAAGCCUUAUCUUAUCUUUGUAUUCGGUCUAAUUUCGUUCUGGUAUCUACUCAAAAACUCCUUCCCUCUUGAUCAGGAGUUAAAAUAUCUCAAGGAGCGCGAACUGAGCAGGCACUUUGAGGCAUCCCAAUCAUGCAGCUACCAUGAACUUGCGGGCAACACCACUAACUUAAAACUGUUUUCAAACGUGACUUUUACUUCUCGGGAUGAUAGCUCACAAGUUGUUGAAGAGUGCACAGGCAAGGAGGACCCCGAAAACCUUUUCUUGUACAAAGGAAUUAAGUACGAGACACCCGUGCGUUAUAGUAGACGUUCUUACAGUGACGCAGCAGCUCAGCCAGACUCGAGCUUCCCGCCUCUACGACCAGGGGACGUUCCUGAAACUGUGCAUUAUAUAUGGUGCGGAAAGAAACAGUUCCGAUUCGAGAACUAUCUGAGCGUUCUGAGUGCCGUAAAAUUUGUGCAGCCACACAAGUUUAUUUUCCACUUUUACGAUCUUCCUGACUUUGAUGAAAAAUGGUACCAUACCUGGUUCAUCGAGCUGAAGCAAUCCUUGCCGAGCCUGGAGCUGAAAAAGUCUGACCAACCUCUUCCUUGUGAGGGGAACUCAUCUCUUGUCCUGGCCCUGGAACAACUCGCCAUUGCUGAGGAAGGCGGUAUUUACAUCGGCGAGAACACAAUACUCACUCACCUUCCUAGCGAGUGGAAAGACUCAUCAGUGGCUUCACAUUUACUAGAGACUAGUCAGCCGAACAGCCCAAAUCUAGGGGUACUUAUGGCGAAACCAGGAGUCACACUAGAGCAGCUGAAGACGAAAACAUCCGAGAGUUCUAAUAAAAUUGCUACAUGUAAGACUAUUGAUGAGUUCAACCAAGGUUUGAAUGCAUCUUCAUCAUCUGCAUCGUCGACCUCUGGGAAUGCAGCCCCCUGCGUGGUGGUUAGUUCCCCUAUCUUUCCCCGGGACGUGGUCAACUCUCUCGAGCCGUUCGCCGCUUUGGCCAGGUGUCUGUACUACGGCAAUGCGUCCAUAGCGGUCGCUAAGCAAGACAUAAACCAGGUCAUACCUCGGAUCGGUCACUUGAUCUACUUCCAUAAAAAUGCUGAGUCGCAGUGGCCGUUCUAUGCCUAUCUGAGCGCUUUGUCCGCUCUGUACAUCGCGGGCAUUGAGCGAUUGUUUAUUUAUGGAGACAAGGAACCGAGUGGAGAAUGGUGGGACCGGCUACAGGGCGAGAAUAUCACCUUUAUCCCAAUAGAACAAGUACACACAGUAUUCCAGCAGCCUGUAAGAGACAUUCACCACAAGACAGACAUUUUGCGAUAUUUCAUUCUCUGGAAAUAUGGUGGGGUCUACAUGGAUUAUGACAUCAUCUGGGCUAAUCCCAUACCGUCUGAGCACUGGUAUUACCCGACUGUAGCUGGGGUCGACUGGCCUAAGAUGGGCGACUGGCCCGAAUACUUCAACAUGGGCGCACUCCUCAGUAAACCAGGAGCCGUUUAUAUGAAGCACGUAAUCAACUCGUUUAGAUAUUAUCUUGACAACAACUGGGGCUUCAACGCGCUUAUGCUGCCGUACCGAGCGUAUGAGCAGUUCCCAGAAAGUGUCUUCAUUGACCACAGGCUACAGGCAAGUCUACAGUGGAGGUUUCCACAGACUAUAUCACAUAAAACCCUCUUACCAGGAAACUGA